UCCGGUCGUGUACGGCAGGAGCGGUUGCGGGGCGGAGACGGUGGGGGGGGAGUCAUGGCGCUGCUCCUGGUCAGGGCCGCUCUGCCUCGGCACCGGAGGGACUGACACCAGAGAGCAGGUUCUCCUGGCUCCCGCGAUGGUGAAGUGGCACCUGGUCGAGAACGUGAAGCACUGGGCUUACCGACGGCCCCCAGUGGUCGUGUUUGUUUUGAGCAUCAGCUCUCUGGCCAUCGCCUUCCUCAGUCUGGGCAUCUACAUCCAGUCGCACAAGGUGGCGAGCGUGGAAGACACUCAGGCCAGGAACAUCUUCUUAAAAUCUCUGAGUGAGCAGGAAUUCUGUACAUCUGAAAACAUAGCUCUGCGUGUGACGGAUACAGAAAGACUGCGGGACGCCGAGGGUAAUGGCGGUGCUACAAGGAGACGGCCGGACCUCGAUGCCUUGUCUCGUCCCACAGAGAACCAACGUCCGGGCACAGUCACCCUCUCAUCAGGGACCCCAGUCAGCGUCUCUCUGCUGGUCCCAAUGGCUUUUGGCAUUGCCAAAGGGGUGUCUGGUGACCGAACUUACCUCCAGGCCGUGGCGAAUGGGAGCAGGUUUGGUCUGACGGAUUCUGAAGCGAAGGAGAUGAUUAACAUCUCGCUGGUGUUGCCCUGGCGACCAGGACCAUACCCCUCCCAAGUCAACUCCUCAGCGACAAAGACUUCACUUACCUGCGUGACAAUGACGGCAGCUGCACACGUCCUCCCCCAAGCGCGGAAAUAUUUUCCUCCUUGUAAAUUGGAGAAUUUCACCGAUGUCACAGCUCCUCACCCAAAGUCUAGAUCAGUGGAGGGAUCAAUGAAGACUUCACCAACUGUACAAUGCUACAAGGCCCAAUACACAGUGGACCCCGCAUUUUUCGUUUGGUUGUCAGAGGAGGAGCGAGCUCUCAGUGGGCGCCAUUUAUUGUCGACCAGUUACGCACUGUUUCUUCUGGCAAUGAUUAUCUUCUGCCUGUCUGCAGUGUGUGGGCUGAGCAGGAAAACCAGCCCCAAAGCUUUGAACCUGCACAAGGUGCAGCUUUUGGACUUGUGAUUGUGGACACAUCUCCAGCCUCAUUGGGAGAAACUGUUGAUGGAGUGUGUUUGAGAACAGCAGGAAACACAGCUUCUGAACGCUCUCCUGAAAGGUUCCUACAUGAGACUUGAACAGCGUUGAAGUAACUGGAUAAUCCAUUCUGCAGGUCACAUGUCAAUAGCAGUGUCACUACAGUGUGUACUCAACCGAGGCGUCAGGUUUGACCCCCAAUUAUCCUUCCUCCCCCACAUCCGGUCCCUC